UUCAUAAUUCAUUCGCGUUCCGUGUGUCAUGGCGGCUGUGCGUGUGUUACGGACUAGUGGUUUAAUACUUUUAUUAUUUUUAAUAAACACGCUCGCCGUGUCGCCAUGGAUAACAUCGGUGGACGUAGAUAACGCAUUGUGCGAUGAGUUCAAUUGUAAUUAUCGCAUAAAAGUGUCUGGUGGUUUGCGUGAAUGGUCUUUAACCUCCCGAGUUAAGAAUCGUGGUGAUGUGUGUUCCGGUAAUUUUAUAGCUGAAAAGUCGAAUGAGUUUGUCGAUUUGACUGUACCUGUCUUCGAUAAGUUGUAUUUUUGUGUGGAGCGUGAUGGUGUUCUGUAUCAUGAGGGCCCUGGAUUAUAUUUGGUCGGCGGUGACGUCAUCAGCCGCGAACUACCAGAAGCCAGUGAGAAUGAAGUGAUACCAGAUGAGAUAGAAGACUUCAGUGAAACAGACACAAAGUAUUACAAUGAUCUCAAUAUCAAUAAAUACGGUGAAGAAGAAGAUGAUGGCGUUGAAACUAUGCCCAAUAGAGGCAUAAGAAAGAAACGUGAAGCCAACGAAACAGAGGUCACAGAUGCAGAAACUAGUAGCCUAGGUGUUAAAGCAGUUCAAACAAAUGUUACUCUAAAAGUUAUGGGGCUAAGGAUUGAAGAAGGGGAAAAGGAACCAAAGAUUAUAGAUGGUAUGAUACCCAGUGUGUUGAGGAAUACAAAGUUUACGCUAAGGCUGUUUGGAGAAGGCUUCACGGAUGAUACGUGGAUCGCGUUCACGCACCACCCCCAGGCGUAUGGGUCGUCGUGCCACUUUUUGAUUAAGGGAGAGUAUAAGAUAAAUGUAGCAGAACAUGAUUCUGGUCUCUUCGAACUGACAGCGCCACCGCCUCUAGAAGACUAUAAAUUCUACAUCUGCGCUCGAAACACGCCAGACGGAGACCUUAUUCACCAAGGCAGUGAGGGCUGGAAGAUCCUAGCUACACAUAACAAGCUAUUACCCCUCUGGGCCUCUCUGGUCCUCAUUGUCAUUUUGCUGGUCAUGGCAUCUCUAUUCUCUGGUUUGAAUCUUGGUCUGAUGGCGUUGGAUAGGACAGAGCUACGGAUCAUCGCGAAUACAGGGACAGAAACGGAGAGGAAGUACGCUAGAGCUAUCAUGCCGGUGCGAUCUCAUGGAAACUAUCUCCUAUGUACCAUUUUGUUGAGUAACGUGGCUGUUAACAGCACGUUUACGGUUAUUCUGGAUGAUCUGACGUCUGGGUUGUACGCUGUGAUUGGAUCGACGCUGGCUAUAGUGUUCAUAGCGGAAAUCACGCCGCAAGCGAUCUGUGCAAGGCACGGGUUGUUGAUCGGUGCUAAGAGUAUUUGGAUUAUGAAGAUCGUCAUGGGUAUCUGUGCUCCACUCGCCUGGCCGACCAGCAAGUUAUUGGACUACUUCUUAGGAGAGGAGAUCGGUACACACUAUAACAGAGAGAGGCUAAAGGAACUGGUCAAGGUAACAAACCACGUGAACGAUCUCGAUAAAGAGGAAGUCAACAUCAUCUCCGGAGCGCUCGACCUUCGCAAGAAAACCGUCAAAGAUGUGAUGACCAAACUGAAGGACUGCUUCAUGCUGCCCAUCAAUACAGUACUGGAUUUCGAGACCAUGACCGAGAUUGUUAAGUCUGGCUACUCCCGUAUCCCAGUAUACGAGGGCCACCGCGGGAACAUAGUGACGGUCCUGUUCAUAAAGGACCUCGCGUUCGUGGACCCGGACGACAACACGCCGCUGCGCACGCUCUGCCAGUACUAUCAGAACCCGUGCAACUUUGUGUUCGAGGAUGUCACUUUGGAUGUCAUGUUGAAGCAGUUUAAGGAAGGACACAAGGGUCAUAUGGCGUUCGUGCAACGCAUAGAAGAGGGUGACGGGGAUCCAGUAUAUGAGACGGUUGGCUUGGUGACGUUGGAGGACGUCAUCGAGGAGAUGAUACAGGCAGAGAUUGUGGAUGAAAGCGAUGUUAUAUCGGACAACCGCACCAAAAAGCGUCUAGCCAGACCGCUGAACAAGCUCCACGACAUCGCAGCAUUUGCUGGGCACCAGCACCAGCGUGUGCACGUGUCUCCUCAGCUCGUGCUGGCUACGUUCCAGUUCUUGAGCACAAGCGUCGACCCCUUCAGAGCGGACAUGAUAUCCGAGACAGUAUUACGCAGACUGCUGAAACAGGAUGUCAUCCAGCACAUUCGUCUCCGCGGUGAUGAAGAGAAGAACGACCCGAAGAGAUUCGUCUAUCUGGAGGGGAAACCGGCUGACUACUUCGUGCUGAUCCUGGAGGGCCGAGUAGAGGUGACGGUGGGCCGCGAGAACCUCGUGUUCGAGGCGGGGCCGUUCACGUACUUCGGCGUGCAGGCGCUCACGCAGAACGUGGGGCUCGCGGAAUCCCCAGCACCAUCCACGCUCGGUUCCCUCCAGAACUUGAACAUGGACUCGAUGCUACGUCACACCUUCGUUCCAGAUUAUUCUGUCAAGGCCAUCGCGGAAUUGUACUAUCUUACUAUUAAGAGAUCAAUGUACUUAGCUGCUAAACGCGCGACUCUCAUGGAGAAGGGAGUUCUGAAUAAGGGCGGUACAAAUGAACAAAUUGAACCGGAGGUUGAUAAGCUUUUGCGUGAAGGAGACCGUUUGGAUGAUAUUGUUGAAAAUGAAAAGACAACACCGUCCAAGCAGUUUGUUCCGCAACCAUCAAGCCUUCUCACAAAUUCUACGUUCAAGAACGCCGAGGCAGAAGCGAAGAAUUCAGAAGAAGAGAAACUACUAAAGAAGUAGCACAAAUCUACCAAAAUUAUAAGAUAGGUGGAAUAAUGGCGUCUGAAGCGAAAGCAGUUGUUAAUGAAUGUUAAUUGAAAAGUUUUUUUUUACAAUUUUACUCUUAAUAAUAAAUAAUAAUGUUUUUAUAAUCACACUUGUUACUUAAUUAUUUUUAUCUAUGUUGUUUACGGCCGCCAUGUUAUUUUUUACCCGUAUGGAAAUGGCGCCAAAGUAUAUUUUUUAUUGUUUGUGAAAAAAGUAAAUGUAGUUUGUCAAAGUAAAUUUAAAAUCGUUAUGUAGUUGAAAGUACAAAAUUAUUGUUGAACGUUAAGAGUAAGUCAAAGUUGAAAAGUGAAAUUAAAAUUAAGAAAAACUAUAAUAUUAAUCAAAUGUAUUAAAAAUAAUAAAUUUUAACUACCUAAUAAUACCUUCUGGAAAUAAUUUCAAUUUUAAAUUUCAUUAAAAUAAUGUUUCGUAAAUUUGGCGCCAUUUUAUUACCAUUAUUAAAAUGUUGUACCACAAAAAUAAAAUUGCUAAAGCUCCUACGUUCGAACAAAGUAUGCGUGUUAUUAUUUAUUUUUGAGUGUUUCAUGUUUGAUAACUUACCUCUAGAUAAGUAUAAUAAUAAAAAUAAAUUUAUCAUUUUUAAUACUCAAAAGUCAUCAAUAUAUUUUUUAUCUACACAUAAAAAAAAACUAAUGUCACUGUCAGAUUUUUUUUUUAUUCUCUAUGGAUGUGUCAGUUUUUUUUUAUUUAGAAUUUUUUUUUGUGGUUCAACGAUAUUCUACUAUCAGUAGAGGGCAACACUGCCUUGCAAUAUGACAAAUUCGCAGUGAAUGCUUAAUGUAAAGUUACAUUUGCAAAUAUAAGCUAGGUUUAGUUUUCGAAGUAUUUAAAGGCAUUUGCGAUUUAAUUAUACGUAGUAGUUUUAGCGCUCGCUGACGUCACGUAGCUUCCAAAUUUUGUCUUUGCAAUUAAUCGUCAGAUGGCGCUAUUUAGUGAGUAAGCAAAUAUGGUACUUAUUUUAAAUAGACGACGUCCAUUUUAUAUCCGUAAUUAUCAUGAACAUCACAAUUAUUUUUUUAUCAUUCAAUCAAUUGUUUUAUCCUAGUCGUAUGCUAGAAUAAAUUUUUAUGAAUAUUUAUCGAUUUUAUAUAAUGAUAUAUGAAAUAUAUUGUCCUUCCGUAUGGUGCCUUAUUACCGUCUAACCUUUCAUUAAGUCCAUUUAUUACGUAAAUUACGCGUUAUUUGAAUAUUUGUAACAUUGUAUUUAUGAAUUAUAUUGUACAAUCGAAUGCAAAUAUAUGUUUAUUGAUUAA